GUGCAGACCUUUCGCUGAGCGAUAGCCCUGUUGACGAGGUGCAGCUGUAAGUUCCCUGGAAAUGUUGCUCUUCUUCAUUGUGGACUUUGCUACCGCCUGAUGUGGACACAAUGAUCAGCCUUUCACUGGCCUUCCCGUCUCUGAGCCUCUUUCCCCAACUCUGGUGUAUUGGAUUGUUUCUAAACCAGGGGUUUCUGGGACCGGUCCAGGGCACCAGUGAUUUGUCUUAUUUUGGAGACCAGUCAGAGAUUGGAGAGCCAUGUUCAGCAGAUAUCCAGUGUCAGUGCCAGGAUCUGACUCAGGGACACCCCUGCCGGAAGGAACUGUGCACCCUGAGGACUUCAGGGGAGGUGUAUCAGAUUCGCUUCUCAGCUGAGAACCGACUCACUUCAAAUUUGUGUUUCAUUCAUCACAUCUUCAAUUCGUCCUUUAGCAUCGUCAGGCAAUUGCCGGAGAGCUGUGUGCAGAAUGGCGAGUUGGUAUGGCCCCCAGGGCCUCGGGCACUGAUCAGCUUUUGCCAUGGUCAUCUACAUGCAAUGAUAUUUACAAAGGAAAAGAAGAUUUACAUCUGCCCAAGAGAUCUGAAACUCUUUACUGACGGAGAGGAGAUUGUUCCUCAUGUAGCUUUCCAUUAUCCACUCUCAGAAGAUGCCUGGAGUCCUGCCAGUGACAGACAAACUAAGCAUUCCUUUAUUACAAGACGGUCAGUGCAGGAGACAAAACACCUGGAGCUCCUGGUUGUGGUGGGGCACGAUGUGUACAACUUCCACAAGCAAGACACAGAGCGCUACGUCCUCACCAACUUGAAUAUCGCUGCUGAACUGUUGAGAGAUGCUUCCCUAGGUGCUCAACUGCGAGUCCACCUCACAAAGAUAGUCAUUCUGAAAGAACCUGAGGCGGAACUUCAGAUCACAAAAAACCUCACUUCGUCUCUCAUUAGCCUAUGCAAGUGGAGUCGAACAAUUAACCCAGGCAACGACUCUGAUCCACUCCAUGCUGAUCUGGUUCUCUACGUUACCAGGUUUGAUUUGGAAUCUGACGAUGGGAACAAGAUGGUCCGAGGCGUGACGCAGCUGGGUGGGUUGUGCAGCCGCUUAUGGAGCUGUGUGAUUACCGAGGACACAGGAUUCAAUCUCGGCAUCACCAUUGCUCACGAGAUAGGCCACAGCUUUGGCAUCAACCAUGACGGGCACAAAAAUGACUGUGUUGGCAACUUGCAUAUCAUGGCAGCAGAGGGCGGCUACAACAGUGUCGACCUGACUUGGUCCAAGUGCAGCCGAGACCAGUUCGUGAAGUUCUUCAGCACAAGACGAGGGACGUGUUUGGAUAACCUUCCGGCAACAGAAUCUGAUCUCUCCAGCCAGAAGCCGGGACUGUACUACGGGGUGGAUGACCAGUGCAAGAUUGCCUUUGGAGGCAAGGCGUCCUCUUGCAGCUUCAGCAGACACGAUAUCGAUGUAUGCAAUGUUCUAUCAUGUCACACAGAUCCAUCAGACUACAGCACGUGCAAACGCUUAUUCAUUCCCCUACUAGAUGGAACGGAGUGUGGGCCCAACAAGUGGUGUUUAAGAAGGAGCUGCACAUCUCUGGGGGAGCUGAAAAUGACUGGGGCUGUCCAUGGGGCCUGGUCAGCCUGGACUCCAUUUAGCAGCUGCUCCAGGACCUGUGGGGGAGGGGUCAGUCAACGACACCGACAUUGCAACAAUCCAAGACCUGCUUUUGGUGGCCAUAAGUGCGAGGGAACAGAUAUGGAGGCAAAAAUGUGUAACACACAGCCUUGCCAGGGAAGUCAGUUUGAUUUCAUGGCUUUGCAGUGUUCACAGACGGAUUCUCAGCCUCUCGACCUGACACCAAGGGUUCCAGUUUAUUAUAAGUGGUUACCUGCAGUCGGUUAUGCAAAAGGUAGCAUGCUGUGUAAGUACGUAUGCCGAGUGGAGGGCAAGAAUUUCAUGCUGAGUCGGGGGGACAGUUUUGUGGAUGGAACCAGAUGUGAGUCGAGUAACUUGGAGACAACAUCAUUGUACAAUCUCUGUGUUAAAGGAAAUUGCAGGGUUUUCGGCUGUGAUGGAAAGCUGGACUCUGGCCAGAUGUGGGAUAGCUGCAUGGUUUGUGGUGGUGACAACUCCAGCUGCCAGAAGCUAGUUGGUUCCUACACUGAGGGGACUACCCAGGAGUAUGUUACUUUCCUCACAGUCCCAACACGUUCUACCAAUGUCCGAGUUUCCAACAGCCAGGCUAUGUUCUCUCAUCUAGGUGUGAAAGUGAAGGGUCAAUAUGUGAUUGGCGGAGCCAAGAAGAUUUCACUCAACACAUCAUAUCCGAGCAACCUGGAGGACAACAGAAUUGUGUACAGGCUGUAUCUCACCCAGCAAAACCUGCCAGCCUCCGAGGAGAUCCUCAUCAAUGGACCCACAGCUGAAGCCAUUGAAAUACAGGUGUAUCGGAAAUAUGGGAAAGAAUAUGGAGAUAUUGUGAAUCCGAACAUCACGUAUAGCCUCUAUGUUGCAAAGCGAGAUCAUUCAUACAUCUGGCUCCCAGUUACUGAGCCAUGUUCAACAAGCUGUGGGCCCGGAACUACAAGAGUUCAUUAUCUGUGUAGUGACCAGAAACAGGGACAAGUUGUGGAAAUGCAGCACUGCUCGAAGUCAACGAGGCCGCCUGAUAGGCUGGAAUCCUGUAACACUGCACCAUGCCCUUCCUGGUGGGAGGUGGGCGAGUUUGGCGCGUGCAGCAUCUCCUGUGGCGGAGGACAGCGAGAAAGGGACGUUCGUUGCCUGAAGCAAGAGGGAACUGACACCCGGCGGACCUCUGACGCGGAUUGCGCUGGUUCUCCCAGACCCGAGUCAAAGGAAACGUGUAACAACCACAGCUGCCCUGUCAGGUGGAAUGUUUCUGAGUUGGGAGUGUGUUCUGCAUCCUGUGGAAUUGGAGUUGCAGAGCGAUCAGUUACCUGUGUCCAGUUCAUCAACGGGGCGGACGUCGAGGUGAAUAAGACUCUGUGUCAGGCAGAGACGCAGCCCCCAGACACCACACCGUGCAUCAUCAGCAUCUGUCCUUUUAAGCUGGAUCAGGUACCCUGGUCAGAGGGAUCCAAGCAACUGAGGAAGGAGGUCAAAAAUAUCAUGAAAGUCACAGCCUUGUUAAACGUGCCAACUGAGGGAAGCACUUAUCUCUGGGUUCCCAUAAUGGGAUCAUGUUCCGUUAGCUGUGGUGAAGGAACAUCAGAGAUCAGGUACGUGUGCAUGAGCGCUGAGACAAGGGAGGAGUCACGGCAAGAGUACUGCGAUCAGAACUUCCAACCUCAGAUGCACUAUAUGCCAUGCACCAGUAAGCCAUGCCCCCCUUGGUGGGAAGUCCACGAGUAUGGCCCGUGUAAUGUGAGCUGUGGAGGUGGAGUACGUGAGAGGGAGGUGUACUGCGUAAAGAAAGAAAGGCAUUUAUAUCAGAGGGUACCUCCCUUGGAAUGUGCUAACACUUCAAGGCCAGCUUCCAUAGAGAUAUGCAAUUCUGAUCCCUGUCCUGUAAGGUGGCGGUACAAGUCCGAAUCUUGCAGCAUGCCGUGCGGAGGAGGGGUGAGGCAAAGGCUGUUGUACUGUACGAAGGUAUUACCUGACCGUGAGGAGCUGACAUCGGAUAAAGAAUGUCUUCAUUUGAGCCGACCUGAGGACUUAGAAAUUUGCAAUCUCCAUCCUUGCCCUCCAAGGUGGCAGGUUUCAGAGCCAGGACGGUGCUCGGUACUUUGUGGGACUGGUGUGGCUGAGAGGAAGGUGACCUGUGUCCAGCUUCACAAUGGGACAGACAUGGAAGUGAACAGAUCCCGUUGCUCAGGGCUGGAGGAGCCUCUGUCACGUGUCCCAUGUGUCGUCAGCUGCCCGUUUGGUUGGAAUCCCCAAAACUGGUCUGAGUGUUCGGUUUCCUGUGGACAUGGUGUCCGAAGCAGGCAGUUGCUCUGUGUCAAUCUGGACUCAAACGAGGUUGUGCUUGACGCCUUCUGUGACGAGCUGACGAGACCUGCUACCGAGGAGCCCUGCGAAGUGGGACUCUGCUCGACCCAGUCAACAGUCCAGACUGUAGCUCUGACACGGGCUCCCACGGGGACUGCCUCCGCCGGCCUUAUAGCUACAGUGACACCACAGGAGUCCAGAACCAACACAACUGCACUGGCUAAAGGCUCAAGAAAUGAAGGUGUCUGUGGGAAACUGGUUCUGAGCAAAUCAGGCAUGUUGAACCUGACCAACCUGCAGGUGAAGGAAUGCACGUUUAGCAUUGGACGUCCACUGGAUGAGGUCAUCACGAUUCGUGUUCUGUCCAGCUCACUGAGCUGCAGCAGGCGGGACGCGCUGUCAUUUUGUGGGCGACGACUGUUCUGGAAGACCUGCUCCCCACUGAAAGGGUUUACACUCACAUCUGUCACCAACACGCUGACAGUCAGGCAGUGGAGCAGCACUAAGGGUCUUGGAGCUGUCCUCCAGUUCUCCAGCAGCCUCUCAUCGCGACAGUACCACAGAGAAUGUGACGUCCAGCUGUACGGACCCUGGGGUAUUAUAGUCAACCCCAUGCAGUCCUACAAGGAGGGUCAAGCCUGUCGUACCUUUAUCAACGUAUCUCCAAUAGAUCGAAUCAUAAUCAGAGUCCUGCACCUGAAAUUUGACAAUAGUGUGAACACAACCUCCCCUGAUUACAUUCUGAUCAAGGAUGUCAGCACCCAGAGAUAUUCUGCAUUUCGUGGUAAUAGACUGUUCCUUUGGCAGUCACUGGGAAACUCUGUCGAAAUUGAAUUUCAUGGAGAUUUUGGAUUCCGGGCCUUGUUCAGAGCUGUACCAUCCCAAAAUGUGAGGGGUGUCCACCGUCUGAACUGUGGGUAAUGGAAACCAUAGCAGAUUCCACCCCUCUGGAGUGUCCGAUUAUCCGUUUCUGUUCGCAUCCAAGCAGCAGCUGAUUACAUCUUCCCCUAGUUGUGAUUGUGAGGACUUGGCAUUCUCUGAAGAACAAGUGGACUGCCUCUUUCCCAAGUUCCCACCACUGGAAACCAACCUUCCUUUGACCUCCUUCUGUAACUUCUGGUUUAAGAAUCGGUCACUUGGAGCUACUGAUGUGAAGAUGGUCGAACAAGUGUUACAUUACAACUAAACUGUGAUCCAUGGAUUUCUGUUGUAUUUGUGUUGUCAACAGUUGAGGAUUAGACGAUUUCCACAAUUUAUGGUUCAUUAAAUUCAACAUGAUCAAACCAGCAAUUAAUAAAUUGGCUUGAGUCCCCAUGGUGAUCUGCAACACAAAAACUCAGGGGCCUUAUGUGUUACAUAAUAGGCAUCUGUUAGUCUCAUGAGACCAUGGAUUUGCGCCUUGGAAGGUUUCCAGGGCGUUGGCCUGGGCAAGGUUGUAUGGAAGACCAGCAGUUGCCCAUGCUGCAAGUCUCCCUUCUCCAUGCCACCGAUGUUGUCCAAGGGAAGGGUAUUAGGAUCCAUAGAGCUUGGCACCAGUGUCGUCGCAGAGCAAUGUGUGAUUAAGUGCCUUGCUCAAGGACACAACACGCUGCCUCAGCCAAGGCUCGAACUAGCAACUUUCAAAUCACUAGAUGAAUGCCUUAACCACUUGGCCACGCGCCAACACAUAUGCUUAUUGUACAUUGUAGAGUGGUAAGAUCUGAGGAAGGUUCUGAAUCCCAUAGCUCCAAAGCUUUAGG